CAGUGGUGAACGUGCGAACGAUGGACAAUGCGUGCUUCGCGUGGUCGGUGGUCACCGCUCUUUAUCCUGCGAAAAGGCACACAGAAUGCGAAUCUUCGUACCCGCACUACACGACGGUGCUGAAUCUCCAGGGCAUAGAGUUUCCCGUAACACUGAAGAACAUUGUGAAGUUCAAACGUCUGAACGACAUCUCCAUAAACGUGUAUACCAUCCAAGAGAAGAAAAAAGAAGAGGAACAACUCACGAUCGUAUUGAUACGACUCACCGAUGAGAAGAUGGAUAAGCACGCGAAUCUGCUGUACGUGCAAGAUGCGCAGGACAACAACGUGGGACAUUUCGCGUGCAUCAAGAAUCUAUCCCACUUAGUGAGUUGCCAGAUAAAUAAGAAGAAUGGGCAAAUAUACAUUUGUGAUCGGUAAGUAGCGUUAGUAUACUUGUA